AUGUCCGCAAGUGAGCAAUCCCAGCAGGUGAUUGCAUCCCUGAAGGCUACUUUCGCGACCAACUGCUGCGUCACGGCGACCCUUGCCCUAUAUGUGUAUGAUCGCAUCGUUAACUUCAACCAGGAGGUCGACGUCGUAUGGAUGCGCAGAAAAACAUUGGUCACUGCCCUGUUCGGGUGCAUGCACUUCUUUUCCUUCUCGUACUUGCUCCUGGGAACUUUGCUUUCCUUCUAUGCUGGACCCUGCGAAAUGAUCGUUGAUCAUUAUAUUCACCACUACAGGGGAUAUUCAAUCUACGUUAGCUAUGUCGCCGUAUCAGCGGCACUGUAUAUUACGUUCGGAUUGGUCGCCGCACUGCGUGUAUACGCAAUCAAUGGCCGGAACUGGCGUGUACCUGCAGUCAUCUUGGUGCUCUCCCUCUUAGGCCCUGCGACAGACGUCGUGCAUUGCUUGUUCACAUACCGGACAGCGGCGCCGCCUCCUGUCGGUUGUGUCAUUGCAUUGAGCGAUGAGGACUCGCGAAUAACCAGAGUUGGUUGGUCCACGAAUCUCAAGGUGUCUCUCACGUCGCUACUUCUUAGAGAUGUGUGCUCUUUAUCUCAACACCCUCAACGCCACGUUGUGGCUAACGAACGUGUACAACAACAUGACGGUGUUUUCAAACGUUCAUGCCACCGACAGAUUCUCAAUCAUCCUUCUCUCCCACUUUUCCUCAAUCUACGGAAGACCGCCCUUAAUCCAAACGACAGCACGACAGCACAGACUUCUCACGUGUCCGACAUUCGCUUCACGAGUGCACUGGGCAAUUUCGGCUCCGCCGUGGCAGGCAGCUCCACCCAAUAUACGGAGAGGGACAACACCUUGGAGUGGUUCGAACCCGAUAGCGAAACCUACGAGUUGUCGGAUAGCCAUGCUGGACUAGACUCGACUGGCUCUAAGCCCGAGGCGACUUCUGUCUCCCUGGCUUCAGGAUCCAGGGGUCCUCUUGCUGUAUAA